AUGCAGACGUACAAACUACCCUCAUCAUCACCACCAUCAUCAUCAUCAUCAUCAUCAUGGAUCCCCAAACCCAAAAGGCAAGCAAACACUCAUACGGUGAUCAUCACGCGACCACCACUAACUCGCACGUGCCAGACCCUCAUCUACGGCGCAGUAGCCAUCGCCCUGGGCUUCGCCGCCUACCAAGUCUACACCUCCAUGUCCGCCACGAGCAGCUCCAGCCCCACCACCACCUCCUCCAGCAGCUCCAGCAAGCGCAGCCCCCUAGCCGUCGCCGCGCCCAAGAAGCCAGCCUACACUCCCCAAGGUGAUCCCCAGAGCUGGUCCGUAGACGACAUGAAGAAGUUCCUCAACACCCGCAACAUGGGCGGUGAGAAGUUCUUGAAGGAUUCGAGCAAGAACGAGCUGCUGGCCAUGGUGGAGUCGAAGAUCCACGAGCCGGGCAACACCGACUUCAGCGAUCCGCAGGAGUGGAGUGUCGAGGAUAUGAAGACCUACCUGAAGGCGAACAACAUGGGCACCGGUCACGGCUCGUCAAGGAUGGAGUUGCUAGCUAUGGUCGAGUCGAAGAUGCAUGAACCUAAGUUCUGA